AUGUCGUGGCAGGCUUAUAUCGACUCAAGUCUUUGCGGAAGCGGACAUGUUGAGAAGGGAGCUAUUUACAAUUUGGAGGGAACCUCUUGCUGGGCCACCAGUCCUGAUUUCCAGAUCACCCCUGAAGAGAUGACUGAGGUCAAAAAGGGACUUGAUGGUAAAACCGAUAGUCUAUAUGCAAAUGGUUUACACAUUGCAGGCGAGAGAUAUGUUCUCACAAAGGUGGAGGAUGAUAAUAAGGUGCUCUAUGCCAGAAAGGGCAAAGAUGGACUCGUCAUCGGUAAAACCGUUCAAGCAAUCAUCGUAGCCCGAUACGUCGACCCAAUGAUCGCCGGAAACACCGCAGAGACUGUUCAAAAAUUGGUCGAUUAUCUCGUUAAAGUUGGCUACUAA